CGCGACGUGUUAUUGGACGGGCCCGUCUCACAGUUUUGUCUUCAUGUCUUGUUUUUGGAAUGAGAGAGGCGUAUAAAUGCUGGACAAGGUGAGCCUUCACUGCAGUAGUCAACACUACAUGGCUUUUGCACACCUCCUUGCUGUUCUCUUCUCUCUUGCCGUUGUACGCCAGUCCGACGCUGCCCUCACCAAGCGAGUGGCAUGCGCCGAUGGUAUUCACACCGCCACCAAUGAGGCUUGCUGUGCACUAUUCCCCGUCAUGGACGACAUCCAAGCGAACCUGUUCGAUGGAGGAGAGUGCGGAGAAGACGUACACGAGUCGCUUCGUUUGACCUUCCAUGAUGCAAUCGGCUUUUCUUUUACUGAAGGCGGUGGUGGUGCUGAUGGAUCCAUCAUCAUCUUCUCCGAUAUUGAAACGAACUUCCACGCAAACAUCGGCAUCGACGAAAUAGUGGAAGAACAGAAGCCAUUUAUUGCCCGUCACAACAUUACUCCAGGAGACUUCAUCCAGUUCGCUGGCGCAGUUGGGGUGUCCAAUUGUCCAGGUGCUCCACAAUUGGAAUUCUUGUUGGGACGACCCCCAGCCACUGCACCCUCACCUGAUCUCCUCGUUCCCGAGCCUUUCGAUACGGUGACAUCCAUAAUUGCCAGAUUUGCCGACGCAGGUUUCAAUUCGUCUGAAAUCAUCGCUCUUCUAUCUUCGCAUACUGUUGCUGCUGCUGAUCACGUAGACCCGACGAUUCCGGGCACUCCAUUUGACUCAACUCCGUUCACCUUCGACACCCAAAUCUUCGUAGAAGUCCAACUGCGGGGCACUCUCUUCCCCGGCACUGGUGGUAAUCAGGGUGAAGUUGAGUCGCCACUGGAAGGAGAGCUGCGACUCCAAUCAGACUCUUCGUUGGCUCGGGAUUCGAGAACAAACUGCGACUGGCAGUCUUUCGUCGGUGAACAAGUAAAGAUGCAGACCCAGUUCAAGGCCGCUAUGUCGAAACUUGCUGUCCUCGGACAAGACGUAUCUCAGAUGGUGGAUUGCUCUGAGGUAAUCCCAGUCCCUCCGCCACCUGUCACGCUAGAGGCAUUCUUGCCUGCUGGGUUGGACAUGAAUGACAUAGAACAAGCGUGUGCCACUGCCGCUUUCCCCAUUCUCACGGCUCAGCCUGGGCCUGUCACCAGUGUUGCUCCAGUCCCACCAUCCUAAGCGCAUACAAGCAGGAAUGUUUCUCAUUUAACUUGAAAUGUAACAACUGUAACUGUAACUGUAACUGAUCGAAAAUCCAAUAAGUGUUGUUUGU